CCUCGGCGUCCGAAAUGUAUCGGGUGCAUCAGAAUGUCUCCUUUAGGUCCAGGGAACAUCCUUCACGUCCACGCGUUCAUAUUGCAUCCAGACCGUCAGGAGUGUUCGAGAUGCAUCCAAGAUGCAUCCGUUGUGAUCCAGCAAAUCCGAGGCGGCCCUGCAGCGUCCGAAAUGUUUCAGACGCAUCAGUAAGCCCCGUUCAGGUCCAAAAAUUAUCCCUUACAUCUACGAGUCAAAAAGGAAUCCAAAAUCGAUCGAUGGCGUUCCGGCUGUGUCCGGAAGGCAUCCAAGAUGCAUCCAGCUCACCGACGGCCCGUUCAAGGCAUCCUCCAGAGUCUGAAAUGCAUCACAGUGCAUCAAAGGCGUCAAGCUGGCGUCGGAAGUGAUGGCCGAGGGGCUUCAGCGGUCAACCAGCAUGCGGAGGGUACCGGGUUCGACUCCCGGUAAAUCAGCACCAUCUUCGAGAAGUUCAUCGCACAUCCAAGCGACAUCCAGCACGUCCAACCACCAGCCUUCAAGAAAGAUCCAUCUCAUCCUCAUCGGGAAGUCGUCCACUCAUCUGGAGCAGAGAAUCAUCCUUCAUCCGAAAGACGUCCAAUACCCAUCCAGAGCAGACAACACAUCCAACAAGCAUCCCUAUCAUCCGUCUCAUCAACAACACACCCGAAUCACAUCUGAUCACAUCGGAUGUAAAA